AUGCCCGCCGAGGGGGAGCCGCUGAGCGGCCCCGCGCCGCCGGGGCUCGGCGAGUCGCAGUACCUGCAACAGGUACGGCACAUCCUACAGCACGGCCACCGGAGGGAGGAUCGCACCGGCACUGGCACCCUCUCCGUGUUCGGCAUGCAGGCGCGGUACAGCCUGAGAGAUCAGUUUCCACUGCUAACAACGAAGAGGGUGUUCUGGAAGGGAGUGCUGGAGGAGCUGCUGUGGUUCAUCAAGGGUUCUACAAAUGCCAAAGAGCUCUCUGCAAAAGGUGUGAAGAUUUGGGAUGCUAAUGGGUCACGUGAGUUCCUGGAUAAGCAGGGUUUCAGCACCAGAGAGGAGGGGGAUUUGGGACCAGUGUAUGGUUUCCAGUGGAGGCACUUUGGAGCAGAAUACAAAGAUAUGCACACAGAUUACUCCAACCAAGGAAUCGAUCAGUUGCAAAAAGUGAUUGAAACGAUCAAAACCAAUCCAGAUGACAGAAGAAUCAUUAUGUGUGCUUGGAAUCCAAAAGAUAUUUCUCUGAUGGCUUUGCCUCCAUGCCAUGCUCUUUGCCAAUUCUAUGUUCUAAAUGGGGAAUUGUCUUGCCAACUCUAUCAGAGGUCUGGAGAUAUGGGACUAGGAGUGCCUUUCAAUAUUGCCAGCUACUCACUGCUCACAUACAUGAUUGCCCAUGUUACAGGGCUAAAGCCUGGAGAGUUCAUACACACUUUAGGAGAUGCUCACAUAUAUCUGAAUCAUGUGGAACCUCUUAAAGUUCAACUUCAGAGGGAGCCAAGACCUUUCCCCAAACUCAGAAUUCUUCGUAAGGUUGAAGACAUCAGUGACUUUAAGGCAGAAGACUUUCAGAUUGAAGGUUAUAAUCCUCAUCCACCUAUUAAAAUGGAAAUGGCUGUUUAAUGCUGUAAACCAGCAUUAAAUAUUUAUGUGGAAAUGUACCUAAGCUACUUAGUUUCUCUAAAAUGAUGGGGCUUUUAUAUACUUCAAAAGAUACCUGCUUUAUUAUUAAAAAGAAAUAGAUAGUAGCAGACCAGAACUGCCUUCAGUACUAACCUGUAGUUGUACAGAACAGAUGAUUAUGCCUGAUGUACUGUGCAGACAUUAACUCAUCUCUAAGUUGAUAGUGAGCUGGUUUUCUGCAUGUUUCAGUGGCCACUUAAAUUACCAUUCAGUAACUGUGAGCACUUGCUUAUGUGCUUGAUAUAAAGAGGAUUCCUUCAGGGUUGGAGAAUUUGUUAAAUAUGUUCUAAAGAGUAUAUGUCUAAUAAAGCUUUUUUA